AUGAUCGGUACGAAAGAGAAAGUGCCCAGCGAAAUUGCGUACCUGCCGGAUGGUAUCAAGUGGGGUGGCCUCAUUCUCCCUCACGUCCAGCGCAACAUGUGGACCAAGCUCGAGCUUGAUGCUCCGAGGCAAGGUGAGGCCGAGGCUAUUCGUCAAGAGCUCGCGCUCCUCACAAUCAUGGGAGGACCUGCUCAGAAGACGCCGGUCGAGAUCGUUGCCGACUAUCUUGGUCAGGUCAAGAACCACCUCAUCAAGAACCUCGACAACCAGUAUGGCCCGAAGCUCUGGCGCACACUGCCCAUUACGCUGGUGAUCACGGUUCCUGCUGUGUGGUCCGAUUCAGCGAAGCACAAGACACUAGAAGCCGUAUUCAAGGCCGGCUUCAAUGCCACCUACUUUCCGCAUUUGCGGCACACCGUCACCACAACCGAGCCAGAGGCUGCCGCAAUAUACACCAUCAAAUCGCUCCGUGGAACAUCCCAGGAUGCGCAGCUUCAUGUUGGCGACGGAUUUGUAGUAUGCGACAUGGGCGGUGGAACUGUUGAUCUUAUCUCGUACCGGGUGGCCGAGCUCGAGCCCACCAUCGUUGAAGAGGUGACUAUGGGUACCGGAGGCCAAUGCGGUGGUAGUUUUGUUGACCGAGGCUUUCUCAAAUGGUUCGAGGAGAAGGUUGGUGUGGACAACUUUGGCAAGGUUGCCGGUUGUCGUGCCGAUGAGCUAUCUCGGACAUCAUUACCACCCAAGCUUGGACGCGUGGUGCAAGAGUUCACGCUCACCGCGAAGAGCGGGUUCUCUGGUACAGAAGAGUACUUUCUUCGUCUACCAACCGCGCUCAGCGCAGUUGACGACGAAAAGCGGGGUAUGAAUGAUGGGGAAAUGCAAGUAACCGCGACGGAUAUGAAGAAGAUCUUCGAAAUUCCUCUUCGCCGUACUAAGGAGCUUCUAAAUGGACAAAUUCAGCAAGCGCGUCGAUCUGGUAAGGCGAAGCUCAAGUACAUCUUCAUGGUGGGCGGCUUCGCCGAGUCUCCAUACAUGUACAAGGAACUUAGCGCCCUUGCUCGGGCUUCUGGUAUUCAGGCUAUCAAGCCACCAUACGCAUGGUCUGCUAUUGUGCGUGGUGCAGCUGCCAAGGGCUUGGAGGGCGAUGGGUCUGCCGCUAUUAGGUCUCGAAUUUGUCGUCGUCACUACGGAACAGAUUGCAGCACCCGAUUCCGUGCUGGCGAACACAAGGAGAGCGAUUCUUUCCUUUGCUCGUUCUCUGGUGAGAAGCGUGCUGAUUCUCAGAUGGACUGGAUCAUCAAGAAGGGACAGGAACUCAAGACGUCAGAGGUGGGUCACGGAAAGGUCACCAUAUCUUAUACAGUCUGGUUUGGCUCGAGUAAGAUCUUGACGAUGGCGCUCAUGGCUUCGGAUUCGGACGAGGCGCCCACUUCAUCAUAUGACCCGAAUGUCUACCAUGUCGGGCAGAUGGUGAUCGACUUAAACCCUGUUCCCAAGAAGGAGUGGCGCAAGUCGACUAGUCCUUCUGGCAAGCCUUACUGCUUGCUUGACAUCGAUGUGGAAAUAUCGAUCCAGUCUGCCCUCGAGUACUCCCUUUCCGUCAAUGGCGUCCGGUACGGCUUAGUCACGGCAAACUAUGCUUAA